UUGUUGUUGUUGUGGUUUUUGUUUCGAUAUCGUGACCUUGUUGACAUGUCGCUUUCAGCAUGCUCACGGCUUCUAUUGAAUAACGGCGUUAGCCUGCCCAUCAUAGGUCUUGGCACCUACCGCAUACAGUGCAAUGUGCUGCAGCACCUGCUGAAAACUGCAACACAGUGUGGCUAUCGUUUAAUUGACACUGCCCCCGGCUACAAAAAUGAGGAAGUCCUAAAACAAUUCCUUUCGGAAUUGCCUCAGUUUGGGCUUCAAAGGUCCGAAAUCUUCAUCAGCAGCAAACUGUCGCCAGCUGACCACGGUACAGGGAAGUGCAGAACAGCCGCGACUGAUAUUUUAAAGAGACUCAGCAUCGAAAAAUUGGACCUUCUCCUCAUCCACUGGCCUGGAGCUCGGGGUCUAAAAUUAUCAGAUCCCAAACAUGCUGAGCUUCGGAGGGAAAGCUGGUUGGAACUGGAGCAGAUGUACAAAGAAGGGAAAUUUGCUUCAAUAGGUGUUUCGAAUUACACAGUGAAGCACUUAAAGGAGCUGCUAACAUACUGUUCAGUAAAGCCGACAGUCAACCAGGUCGAAUUUCACCCUCACUUGGUGCAAGAAGAGCUUCUAAACUUUUGCAAGGACAAUGGGAUUGUCCUGCAGGCAUAUUCUUCACUUGGUGCGGCCGAUGGUGUCAGUGCUAUUUUAAAUGAGCCUGUGCUUAUCGACAUUGCAAAACAGCACAACAAAACCGUAGCACAGGUUACACUUCGGUGGGCUCUUCAGCUUGGCGUUGGUAUCAUACCAAAGUCGAGCAACGCCAAGCGCAUCAAAGAGAACGCCCAGCUUUUUGAUUUCGAGCUCUCAGCCGAACAAGUUUCAGCCAUCAGCAAACUGAACAAAGGAAAGCAUUACUGCUGGGAUCCAAGUGGCAUACCUUGAGAAAAUGUGAAACCAGCACUCGCUCAAGCUGGAACCUGUAUAAAAAAAAAAAAUAGCCCAACUCUUCUUACACACUCGGCAUACCAAUUGCCACUUUAUACUUACUUACAUGUCUAGAUACACCCCACAAUAGCGAUUCCCAAUAUGGCGUAUUAAAAUAUGUAGAAAAGUCUCUGCAUAACAAUGCCAAGUAUUCUCCCCUACAACUUGUAUCUAAGCGUUGCGUCAUCGCGACGGGCUAUACUAGACAGUGGAAAAAGACCAGCCCGCAGGAAAAGUUUUGUGCAGCAUUGCAACACUGUCACCAAAUGCCUCUCCACGACAGUGAUGCCCAAGUGCAAGAAAAAGAAGAUAAGCUAUUCGAAUGCUAGAUAUUCCAUAUGGUACACAUUUAUGUUACAUAAAAUGUUUCCCCCCCCUCCCCUUCAAGUCCCUUCCUCUCCAGUGAAACGCCGGAAAGGGGUUUCAUUUUCGAAUGUGCCUAAUAGUAAAAAAUGUUCUAUUGCA